AUGGUACAAAACAACUUGGUACGGGCGCUUUCUGCGCUUAAGUUUGCAGUUGGUGCCAUCGCUACGAAUAGUUCAUGCAAGUGUGCCGUUUCGGACGGCGAUUUGAAACAGGCACCCAACGACGCUUGCUGGCCAUCUACAAGUGACUGGCAGCAGUUCAACACUACGCUCUCGGGGAAGCUCAUUGCAACCAAGCCAGUCGCUAUUUCUUGUCAUCCCGGUCCUGACUAUGACGCGACUCUGUGCGCCAGCAUCAUGGUGGACUGGUAUAAGGGAGAAUGGAUGUCCUCUCACCCCGUCGGUCUGGACUACCCCCUGAACAUCACAUGUCCUCCCGUCCAGUCUCCAUCGAACUCGACCGCCACAGCAGGUGCUUGUACUUUGGGGACCAACCCCGUAUAUGCCGUCAACGUGACAGAGACCGACGACAUUGUCGCCGCCCUGAAGUUCGCAGAGGAGAAGAAUCUUAGAGUCGUGAUCAAGAGCACCGGGCACGACGUCCUCGGCCGCAGCGAUGGCUUCGGCGGCUUGGAGAUUUGGCUCCGCUACUUCCGCAACGGCAUCACCCCGCAAACCUCGUUCCAGUCCUCCACUGUUUGUGCGGCAUCAGGAUGGACCGGCAGUGCAAUGAAGCUCGCCGGCGCCUACAUGUGGGGCGAGAGCUAUGCGGCAGCAAAGGAAAACAAUGUCGUCGUUGUGGGCGGAGGAAGCUCGACUGUCUGCAGCACGGGAGGAUGGAUGCAGGGCGGCGGCCACGGCCCGGCCAGUCACACUUUCGGUCUCGGCGCCGAUCAAGUGCUUGAGGCCGAGCUAAUCCUCGCCAACGGCACCGCCGUCACGGUCAACGCUUGCCAGCAUCAGGAUUUGUACUAUGCCAUUCGUGGCGGAGGUCCCAGCUCCUACGGUGUUGUUGUGUCCACCACGGUCAAGACGUAUCCGCAAGUCACCGUGGCUGUUCAAAACCUGCAGUUUGGUGCACCUAUCGGAACUUCCAAGGCCGCUUUCCUGGACGCGCUCGCAACUCUCUACACAUCUAUUCCGGAGCUCGUGGAGGCUGGCUUUGCUGGCUACAGCCACUGGCAGGUCGACGGACAGUCUGCCUCCUUCAACAACUACACCACGACGUACGAACACUCCAUCUAUGUCUUCAACAAGACCGCUGCGGAGGCCGAGGCCGCGGGCAAGAGCCUUCUCGACAAGAUUUACAAGUUCAACGACACCCUCUUUGUCAACUCCAGCUAUGUGGCUUUUGACGACUACUGGACCUUCUUUGAAAAGGUCAGCGCCGAUAACAACCCCGUCGGCCUCAUGGCCGCCUCUGGAUCUCGCCUCCUCGACACGGAGGCCGUGAGCAAUCUCACAGCCGUUCGCUGUCUGGUCGAGACCCUGGCCGGAAAGACAGGCGAGUACGUCACAAACGUUAUCUCCAUCGUCUCAGGAGGCCAGGUCUGGGCCGAUGCCGCUCAGGAGUACUCCGCCGUUCUGCCCGCCUGGCGUACCGCCGUUUUGCAUCAGUCCGUUGCUCGCAUUCUCAGUGCUGGCGUCAGCGAUGCUCGCUUCAAGGAGGUCCAUGACGACGUCACGUUCAACAAGAUUGGCGCUAUGAAGACUCUUGCCCCCAACAUGGGAUCGUACAUGAACGAGGGCGACGCCUUUGACCCGGAUUGGAAGGUCGAUUACUACGGUGCAAACUACAACAGACUUCAGUGUAUCAAGGAGUACUACGACCCUGGCGAGCUCUUCUACUGCCCGGCUUGUGUGGGAAGUGAUAAGUGGGAAGAGGACUUCGUUGGGCGUUUGUGCCGCGCGUAG